ACACAAUCACGGAAGCACUCUGGCGUCGCAGGGCACCGGAGUACUGUUAUUUGCCUCCCUUUCUACCGAUCUCACCGGCUGUAUUUGGACCCCUGAACCUUUAACGGCGACACCUGAGAUACCGCAAUGCUCUCACCGAGGCUCCUGCUGUUGCGGUCGGCUGCAUCCUUGACGACAAGGUCGUUUUGCACGGGGGGCGUGUCGAAGCAGGGCAGGGCGCCGGACAUGGCUGAAGGAAAUCCACUUUUACACGUGUCUAAUGUGCGAAACAGGCUGAGAGAAAUCGUGGGAGCUUCCACUAACUGGAGUGACCACCAGCAGGCCAUGGCGGAGCGUGUGUCGCUGUCAUCCAUGUUGGCGAAGUCUCAGAAUGACCUUCCUGCCAAGAGGAUGAAGGACAGCUACCUGGAGGUGCACCUGCCUCUGGGCUCUGAGCCACAGCUCAGAGAGAAAUACCUGACCUUCCACAAUACCGUCAGGUUUGGUAGAAUCCUGGAGGACUUGGACAGUUUAGCAGUCCUCAUCUCCUAUUCUCACACCUAUAAUAAGGCACUGAAGAGGUCUCCUCUGUCCAUCGUCACUGCCCUUGUGGAUAAGAUUGACAUGAGGCAGCACAUCAUCUACCCUGACUGCGACAUCAAGUUCACUGGUCAUGUGACGUGGGUGGGAAAUACCUCUAUUGAAGCCAAGAUGCACAUGUCACAGUUCCAUGAUGGCACGUAUUCUCCAAUUCUGGAUGCUACAUUUGUCAUGGUGGCACGGGAUCCAGAAAACAAGAGGGCAGCUUUUGUGAAUCCACUGAGGCCAGAAGGUCCAGAAGAGGAGAAACUUUUUCAGGAAGGAGAAGCUAAUAAAGCUCGCCGUGUGGCUCUGAGCACUGCCUCACUCCUGAAGGUGGCACCUGUAGACGAGGAGAGAAAGAUCGUACACAGUCUGUUCCUCAACACGCUGGACCCAAAGACGGUUAGUUUCCGCAGCAGAGUUCUGCCUCCAAACUCUGUAUGGAUGGAAGACGCCAAACUGAAAGGACUGGAGAUCUGCCACCCUCAGGAGAGGAACAUCUUUAACAGGAUAUUUGGAGGGUUUCUGAUGAGGAAAGCCUACGAGUUGGGCUGGGCCAACGCCUGCUCCUACGGAGGAUGUCGACCCAGUCUGGUGGCUGUUGAUGAUAUCCUCUUCCAGAGACCCGUGGAGAUCGGCUCCCUGCUGCUGCUCUCAUCACAGGUGUGUUACACACAGGGGAAGUACAUCCAGGUCAGAGUUCACAGCGAGGUGUUCGACCCGCUGACCCGCCAGCACAACACCACGAAUGUCUUUCACUUCACCUUCGCUUCUGACCGUGAUGUCCCCAACAUCAUUCCAAUGACAUAUGGAGAGUCGAUGCUGUACCUGGACGGGAAGAGACACUUUAAUCAGACUGUGGAGGAAUGAAACCAACAUAUCAGUGGACUGCCUGCCAAAGCCUUGCAGCAUCUGACCAAUGAGAGUGUGUGUGGGGGUGUGUAUGUGUGAAUGAAUGCAGUAUACAUCCUUUUUACAUCACACCUUGUUAACUUUACAGUCCUCCACACGAUGACCAUGUUUGACUCCAUUAUUUUUUCUGGAAGUUUACAUUUUGGUGUCAAGAGGACCACUACAGUACAACACCGAAAGACAUUUUUUGAGAUUCAUUUAUAUUUUUUUCACUCUUUGUUUCACAGUUGUAUCCAUGGUUACAGCUACCAGGCGGUUUGUUUUGACAACAUGCAGCGUUUACAGCUUCUCAACAGUCAAAUGAACCAACAGUUUCCUGGCCUCGUCUUAACCUCAUGUAUACCUGAUGUGCAUGGCUUUACAGUAUGUUACAUUUUUAUAUUCCACUGUCGCUUAUACGCACAAAACUGUACUUUUUUUUUUUUACGGUAAAUGGGAAGAUUUAUUCUGAAUGUGUCAGAAUGCUGUGAGGGGGAGGAGGGUGCCAUUUUUUUCCUGGCCUUAAGAUGUGUAUUUACUCAAAUGCAAUAAAUGAAUUCUAUUUAUCUUGA